AUGGCUCCAAUUCCUGGCAAAAAGAAAGCCAGUGAUGAUUUUAUCUUGACGCUAUCAGACGACGAAAACGACGUCGACCUUGACGAUACAAAAGAAUUUGGCCUAGUUACGACUGGAUCGUUGAAAAGAAGUUUUAAAGCUUCGGGCGGCGCAAAACGGAGAAGGGACGACGACGAUGUAACCGUCAACGGAGGGCAGAAUAAGAAGUCGAAGGGGACCGAGAUAAAGAAGGGUAAACCCCACAACUACUACAAUGAUGCUAGUGCUAGCCUUGAAUAUACGUCACAGUCUGAUCAUGAUGCAAAUGGAGAUGAUGAUGAUGAUGAUGAUGAUGAUGAUGAUGAUGAUGGUGCAUUGGAUCCUGAUUUCGAGUUCGAUGUUGGAGGCGCGGCAAUUGCGGACCUUGUAGAGGACUUUGAUGGCUGGGCAGUUAAUGAGCGGCCUGGGAUGAAAAUUGAUGGCAGUAGGAAUAAAAUGUCAGUGGAUAUUGAUGAUAUAAUCUCCCGGAGGCAACAGAAGAUGCAGGAGAAAUUAGACAAACGGAGAAAGGAGCUACAGAAGAAAGAGGAGGAAAAAUCGGAAGAGGAGUUCAAUGGCAUCGAUUCGCAGGAUGAUGAAGAUGAGCAAGCCGGUGCGGUUGAUCUCGAAGACGACGAGCUAUUGGCCCCUGAUGCAUUUGGUAUGGGAGCUGGCAGCGUAUCGGAGGAGGGAGAGGAUGACGAAUCCGAGGAUGCUGAGGAUACAUCCGAACCCGAUUCCGACGAUGAAGCGGAUUCCGAUAACGACUCGGUUGCAUCUCCCGUGGCACAUCCGGACGAUAUUGCGUCAGACGAUGGCUCAAGCGAUGAAAGCGAAGAUGCCGCGGAAGUCGAAAAGCAAAAAGCUUUCUUUGCUCCCGAAGAUACCACAUCAACCAAGGACAACCUGGAGACUGCAAAAUCCUUCCAGGCUUUUUCACUCUCGAGGCCAAUAUUACGUGGCCUCACGUCAGUCGGUUUCACCACUCCGACUCCUAUUCAACGGAAAACAAUACCUGUUGCCCUGCUUGGCAAGGAUGUCGUUGGCGGUGCUGUUACGGGUUCCGGUAAGACUGGUGCCUUCAUCAUUCCGAUCCUAGAACGCCUUCUUUACCGCCCCAGGAAAGUUCCUACUAGCCGCGUCGCAAUCCUGAUGCCUACUCGAGAACUGGCUGUUCAAUGUUACAACGUCGCUACUAAGCUUGCAACAUACACCGAUAUUACAUUCUGUCAGCUAGUCGGAGGUUUCAGUCUUAGGGAACAGGAGAACAUCCUUAAGAAGAGACCUGAUGUCAUUAUUGCAACCCCCGGUCGAUUUAUCGACCAUAUGAGAAACUCUGCCAGCUUCACAGUAGAUACUUUGGAAAUUCUUGUCCUCGACGAGGCAGAUCGAAUGCUGGAGGACGGAUUCGCUGACGAACUGAAUGAGAUUCUGACGACAAUUCCAAAAUCUCGACAAACUAUGCUUUUCUCCGCCACAAUGACAAACACCAUCGACAAACUCAUUCGAGUGGGCCUUAACAGACCAGUCCGGUUGAUGGUAAAUGCUCAGAAGCAGACUGUUGGGACUCUGGUACAAGAAUUUGUCAGGUUACGACCAGGCAGGGAAGAUAAGCGUUUGGGUUACCUCGUCACUCUCUGUAAGACAGUUUAUAAGGAUCGUGUUAUUAUAUUUUUCCGCGCCAAAAAAGAGGCGCAUCGUGUCCGGAUAAUUUUUGGUCUUUUUGGACUUAAAGCUGCAGAGCUCCAUGGAAGCAUGAGUCAAGAACAGCGUAUCAAAAGUGUAGAAAGCUUUCGAGAUGGGAAGGUUUCUUUUCUUCUCGCAACUGACCUCGCAUCCAGAGGUCUGGAUAUCAAAGGUGUGGAAACCGUUAUUAACUACGAAGCCCCGCAGUCACACGAAAUUUAUCUGCAUAGGGUGGGUCGUACGGCGCGUGCAGGGCGCUCAGGACGUGCGUGCACGAUUGCUGCAGAACCAGACAGAAAAGUAGUCAAAGCUGCUGUGAAAACCGGUCGAGCUCAAGGGGCAAAAAUUGUAAGCCGACUCAUCGACGUUGCAGAAGCCGACAAGUGGGCCGCCAAGGUAGAGGAGAUGGAGGACGAAGUCAAAGAGAUCCUCAAAGAAGAAAAAGAGGAGAAGCAACUAGCUCAGGCGGAAAUGGAAGUCACUCGCGGCAGCAACCUCAUUAGCCAUGAAAAGGAGAUCAUGUCAAGGCCGAAGCGCACAUGGUUUGAGAGCGAAAAGGAAAAGCUGCAGGCUAAGCAACGAGCUCUUGAGGAACUGAAUGGGCCGAGUAAGAAGAAGAAAGGCAAGCUUAGUGGCAAAGACAAAAAGAAACUGGACGAUAGUCGGGAGAGGAAAGAAGGCAAAGUCUGGAAGAAGGGCAAAACUGCGCGGGAGAGCCAACUGAAGGGUCCAGGGAAAGGGAAAGGCAAGGGUCAACCAAAGGCUGGAGGGAAGAAAACCCCCAUUAAGCGGAGAGGGGCGUAA